AUGCAGUUGCCCUCGGACCGUUGCAGGGGUGCCCGUCACGGCCUGACCAUGAGCGCUAAGCUGGCGCGCCUGGAGGAGCAGGAACGAGCCUUCCUGGCCACAUACCGACACAAGGAGCUGCAGUGUGAGGCCCCAGACAGCAGCUCCCCAGCAGAGAGUCAGAGAAAAAGGAAGAAGAAAAAAAGGAAACAGUCCAGGGAUGGAGCUGAUCCCGAGGUGCUGCAAAGCGAGGACCGAAGUGGGGAAGAGGAGGAGGUGGCGGGAGAGGAAGGGAAGGUUCUGAAGAGGAAGAAGAAGAAGAAGAAGAAGAAGAAGAAGAAGAAGAAGAAGAACCUGGAGAACCAGGAGCCAAGUGGAGAAGAGGAAGAGGUGGCAGGAGAGGAAGGGAAGACUGUGAAGAGGAAGAAGAUGCAGAAGAAGGACAAGGAAGAGCCAGGUGAGACAGACAAGAAGGAUAAGGAGGAGGAGGAGGAAAAAGAAGAGACAGUUGAGAUAGAGAAGAAGAAGAUGAAAAAGAAGAAGAAGGUGGUGGAGGACAAAGAAGAGCUGAUUGAGACAGAGGUACCUCUAGAAGACACAGGCAGGCCAGACCAGGCUGGGCACAGCCCCAGGAAGAAGAAGAAGAGGAAGAAGGAGCCAGAGUGA